CAAUCCGAUCCGAUGUUCGGUGAGGUUCGGGCCAUGUUCCGCCCUGUCCCAGACAUUAGUUUGGAUUGCCACGUCGGGCAGCUAGCAACGCAAAAUGGUUCCGAGAUCGAUGCAGCUCUUGUCCAUCAUCAUCUUCCUGCUGCCCUGGGCCCUAAAUGGUGCCUCUGUGCCGACGGCUUUCGAGGGCAGAGCGAUUCGUCCGCGCUUCGAUGUGGAUCCGGGCAGGAUUAUCAAUGGCACUGAGGCCACAAUGGAGGCCACCAGGCAUCAGGUGAGCCUGCGGAGAGCCCUCAACGAUGGCUACUUCUUUGGCACGGGCCACAUCUGUGGAGGCUCACUGAUCCGACCCAAUUGGGUGCUAACCGCCGCCCAUUGCUUUGUCGAUCAGGAGAUCUACGACGGCACCUUCGUGGACAAGGAAAAGUUCAUUGUGGUCAUGGGCAAUGUGGAUCGCUUCAACCGCACCAACACGCUGACCUUUGAGAUUGAUUUGCUCAUCCUGCAGCUGGAUAAGUUCGAUCUGAGCACCUACGACAGGGACAUUGCCCUGCUGCGGCUGAAUGACUCGGUGCCGAGCAAUCAUCCCACCAUUCGGCCCAUCGAGCUCACAGCGCUGACCGUGCCCGCGGAUACCGUCUGUCAGGUGACGGGCUGGGGCACCACGGAGCUGGGCUACAACACGGACUAUCUCAUGACCGUCGAUGUGCCCAUGAUCAGCGAGGAGGUGUGCAUCAACGAGAGCGAUCUCGGUCACCUCAUCAAGCCCGGCAUGGUGUGUGCCGGCUUCCUGGAGCAGGGCGAACGCGAUGCCUGCAGCGGUGAUUCCGGCGGCCCACUCGUCUGUCGCAGCCAGCUGGCUGGCAUUGUGUCCUGGGGCAUUGGCUGUGCCCAACCCCAUUUGCCGGGCGUCUACACGGAGGUCUCCUACUACUACGACUGGUUACAGGAGCAGAUCGAUGGGGAUACCGAGUCGAGUGGUCAGGGCAGCGGAGAAGAACCUGGAGAAGGUGAAGGCAGUGGUGGAGAGCCGGGAGAAGGAAGCGGCGAUGGUGAAGGUGAGGGCAGUGGCGAUGGCGGCGGUGGUGCCAUGGCAGCCUUUGCUGGAGCAAUUAGCCUACUCCUGCCUGCCGCACUCGCCCUCAGGUUCUCUCUCGCUCUUGUUCCUAGUUGAAAAUAAAAUUAUAAU